CUCCAUGUAAAUGUGUUUGCAAAAGCUUUGCUCUAGUCAAACCUGUUAUUCCACUCUGUCGUUACUGUGGCUACUUGAGAGGAGCCCAUUUGCGGAAGUUACGGAGAAUUGUCACCUGGGCGGACUCCUCAGUGGGCCUACAAUUUAGCAGCGACGCCGUCGUGUUACAGACACCAGACAAACUUUUCGACAUGCUAGCCAGAGGGCUGGUUUCGGUGGCUUUGUUCUUUGUCGCAGUGACAGGUGUAAGUGGCUAUUCAGUCACUAGCUCCAAUACAGAUGUGCAGGUGAAAGAGAAUACAGGGGCCGACCUUACAUGCUCGUAUUCGGCUGACUUUGGUUCAAGUGCCAGAGUGGAGUGGAAAUUCAAUGACCAAAAAGGCUCCCAGGUGUAUGUAGUUUUUGAUGGGAAACCAACAGCGCAAUAUGCCAGCCAAGUGACAAUGUACGGUGGAAGUAAUCUGAGGUUCUCCACUGUGACCCGUGUGAACAAUGGAAUGUAUACUUGCGAGGUGUCUAGCGGCACUCAGUAUGGGCAGGUCCAAGUAAAGCUGACUGUUCUGGUGCCUCCAUCUCCUCCCGUGUGUAGGGUCCCCUCCUCUGUGACAACAGGCACGAUGGCCCAAUUGUUAUGCCACGACAUGGAUGGCUCACCUCCGCCCACAUACAAAUGGUACAAAGAUGGCGUUCUUCUGCCCAAUGAACCUCAGAAGAUUGCUGGCUUCCAAAAUGCCACCUACAAGCUAAAUCAAGACACUGGCAGCCUGGACUUUUCCAAUGUAGCCAAGGCUGACUCCGGUCAGUACUACUGUGAGGCUUCCAACAGUGCUGGUCCUCCUCAGAGCUGUAAAAGCAUUCAAAUGGAAGUCCGUGACCUAAACGUUGGAGGAAUCGUUGCUGGGGUAAUAGUGGUUCUGCUGCUACUGAUCCUACUGGGUUUAGGCAUUUGGUAUGCCAACAAGAAAGGAUACCUGCCCAAAAAGACUGAAAGCAAACCAAAGGCGAACGUGGUCUACCAGCCCCCGUCAUUGUACGGUGGUGAUGAAGAAGAUGGGGAAUUCAAACAGAAGUCAUCAUUCGUGGUAUAGUCUACAAUAAACAGUCACAACAGGGCACCUUGGUUUUAAAUGCAUCUCAGCGUGGGAUUUCUAUGAUGGUUUUUAUAGAUCAGUGUGAUUGUUUGAGUUGUCCUGACCUGUCUACUUUAAUGUCUCAGAUGCAUCGAUGUGUGGGGUUUAAGUAUCAACGCUAUGGGAAAUAAUUUACCACAGAAAGGUACUGAGACCUCUUUCAUUCGAUAGGAUUUUGUAAUAGAAUGAGCUGUGGCUACUAGCAACUUAUUUAAGCCUGAGACAUUUUCCACAUGUUUGGAGUGUGUAUUUCUGCGUGCUUCUGCUUUUCUAAUGAUGCAUCUGCCUGUAAACAUGUCAAAUCAAAUGGAGUACAGAUACUCCCUGCACCCAUAAUAGGAAAAAUCCAGGUGUAUAUAAAUAUAUUUAAUUAUUUUCUAGGGGAAAUCACACUUGAGUACAGUGGACACUCAUUUCUCUCUAAACACAGUGUCUUGAUAAAAUGUUUGUUAAUAUAUAAUCACAUUUUUAUAACAUUUAUUGACCCAUCACCUUAAUUUCCUCCAGUGCAACUCUCUUAUCAGUCAGCUUGUGAAAGGUUGGUGGAGGUGGAUCAUAGCCGAGUGCCUCUGAAAGAUAUCUUGUUUUUUUUUUUGUUGUUGUUGUUUUUAACAAAUGACAAAACUGUUGUACAAUAUUCUUUUUCUAAUACAGUUUAAGUUUCUUUCUUGUAAAUAAAGCUGUGUUUUAUAUCUAUAAUUUAGAACAAUUUUAAAAUCUGUUGACUUUGAGCUUCCUCACUACAAACUCUACUACAACUGCUUGUAUGACACUUUUUUUUUUUAUGUGCACAUUCUCUAUCCUUUCUAGUUGAACUACUAUUACAUUUGUCUGUCAGUGCUGUCUGAGACAGGUUUGUAAAGCUCUGGACGACAUUGGCUACACUAAUUGAACAUUAAAAGAGUGUAGACUGACAGUUAAGUAAAUGUCUUGUUAACAAAAACAGACUCAAUUCACACUUAAGAAAUUGGAAAUGUGAGUUUGAGUUAAUGAUAUGUUAAAGUUUUUAAAUGAUUACCAGCCCUAUCAUGAUUAAUUACUCAAACUGUUCUGAAGUUGUGGUUAUCAUAUUUGUUCUGGUGUCAUUAAUUUGAUACCAUCACAAAUUCUCAGGUCAUGCGUUUUAAGGGGUUUGAAAAGGUUAGACAUCAAUACAUAUCAUGCAUUUAUGUGAUAUUUCAGGUACAAUAUUUAAAUUGGGGAAGGUUUCUAGAAAUAUUAGCGCUGAUGAAUCAGCUUAUGGCUGUAACUUUGCCUUAUGUAUUGGUUAAUAAAAUGUUGUUAAAUUGA